AUGGCAGCAGCAGCAGUUCAGCCAGGUCAGGCACAAGGCGCACCUGAACCCUCCGCAGCUUCGCAAUCACCUCUGCGAGCACACCACGAGCUCCUGGUCUCGCGCCAAUUCACCCUGCAGCUUGAGCUCCUCUCCUCCCUAUCCUCACCCUCCUACAUCCACCAUCUCACCCUCGCUGCCUCUCCAACCACACCCGCACCUCUCUCAGACCCUGCCUUUAUCCGCUAUCUAGCCCACCUACACACAAUCUGGUCUCGCCCCGAAUAUGCACGAUAUGUACAUUACCCCAAUGGACUCUACUUUUGCCGAUUGCUGGUCAGCUCGGCUGCAUUCAGGGACAUGGUUGCCAGGCAGGGGCACGAGUGGGAGGGAAUGACGGCACAGAGGCUGAUACAGCAUUGGGAGACGUGGAGGCGAGAAGACGAUGAGGAAGAGGGAGGAAAUGGCCUCUAA